AUGGGAAUAAUCGUCCAAAACAUCACAGGAAACACGGCAAUGGUAAUUUGGCCAAAAAUGGCCAGCUGUGCCGAUAGCUUUUACAGCAUCAUGUACCACCCUAACUGGAACAGCAUGCUAUCCAGUUACUCGAGAAAGAACUUUCAGAAGGAAGAGAGGGUGCCCACCAGUCGUUCUUCCUUCGUUGUUGAAAACCUAACUCCACUAACAACAUACAUCGUGUGCGUGACCUGCCAGUCUGCAAACCCCUCCAGUGACCAGUGCAGAGUUUUUAACACACUGGAACGAGACCCAGCAUCUGCUAGCAACACCAAGAAAGAGCUGGCACUGGGCAUCUGGCUCACCAGCAGCAUUCUGCUCCUCAUCAUUGCCGCAGUCCUCCUGUAUGGCUGCCUGCACCUCGUGUGCCGCAGGAGACGUGAGCACUUGCAAGGGCAGAAUGGGACCUCCAAGCAAGACCACGGGAAAGUGUGGACCAAAAGCGCAGCAUACGCCUUGGAGGAGCUCGGCAGGCAGAGCCAACUGAUGCAGGACACUGAGGAAAAGCAUCCAGGUGCUAUCCAGCUAGCCACAAUCAUAGAGAAUCCUUCAGUGUGCAAGGAGCCUGCCAUGCCGACUUCCAAAAGCCAGGAACAAGUGCCAAUGACUGGACAGUGCUCUGCUAUAAAUUAG